UCGUCGUUCCGUUGUGAGCGUCUUGAGAAGAACUAAAUAUUUUACUUCCUUGUUCUCGGUUAUUUACAGAAGAUGGGCUUUUCAAGCUCAUUGUGCACGUUUCUCUUCUUAUACUGGACUUUGAUUUUCGAGGUGUCUUAUCUAAAUUGUUUUCAAUUUAUUGAAGUAACUCAGAACCCACUUGUUAUUAUUAUUGGUCAUAACAGUACAGAUGUCAAACUGCAAUGGGAGUUUGAGCUGGAUGUCAAUGAUCGGUUUGUUGGUUUCACCAUCAAMAGAUUCAGAGAUGAUCAACAYGAUCAAACAAAGGUGGAAAUGGCAAAUUAUUAUGCCAGUGAUACUCCCAGGGUUAAUAAUGCUACACUGUAUGCUCUAAAUGCGAGUUAUGUUUCACCCAGAGGGUUUGCCAUUUUCUUAAUCAAAAACAUACUUUUUCAAGGCCCUAACAAAGAUGGCACCAAGUUUGAUCCCCUUCAGUCUGAUGUGAGAUACAUGUACAGGAUUGAUGUUACAAUUCCAAACUUGGAUCCAAGUGUCAGGCCAAAUCCGAUUGAACUACAAGUUAAAGUCCCUCCCAGAAUCACUGCAUUCGUCUGCCAAGGCUGUAUAAAUAAUGGAAGUACCAUCGACAACCAAACCAUCACCUUGGUGUGUAAUUCUAUUGGUAAACCCAUGCCAAACAUCACAUGGAUGAAGAAUGGAGAAUAUUACAAUGGAAGCAGUUCAGUAUCAAGUGUAGACAACAAGCUUGUCUUCCAACAAGUAGCAAUACAUGACAGAGGAAACUAUACCUGUAUUGCUGACAACGGGGUUGGUAAUCCGGACAGGAAGUCAUUGACUUUACUUGUUAAAUAUAAACCUACGAAUACUUUGCUCUCUCCAACCAAGUUGGAUGUAUGUGCGAAUACGAACAUUACUCUCAAGUGCACGGCUGAUGCAUAUCCAUCAGUCAAGAACUACUCGCUGUACAAUGGAAAUACUUACAUUGGAUCAAGCAGCAAUGGAGAGUUUACUACAACAGCAAGGUCAUUGGGAUGGAAUAAGUUUUGUUGUAUUGCUUCGAAUGAAAUUGGAAGUAGUCAAUGUGCCUUUUCGGAUAUAUACGUACUGGGAGACAUAACCACACUGUGUAAAAUCAAUAACGAGAAUACAACAGUUGAAGUAGUAGAGGAAGGAGUUAAAGUAGUUCUGCAGUGUGACGUAUCUGGGAAUGAAUCAUACUACAUGUACCAGUGGGUUAAAGUAAAGGACAGUCUGUCUGUCAGGAAUGAUACGCGACAAUUAACAUUUGAUUCAAUAAACCGCUCGGAUGAAGGUUAUUACCAGGUGACCUUGCGAGAUAAACUAAACUGCUCAUCACAAACAAGGUCUCUUAGCAUCACUGUCAACUAUGAACCUGAGAAUACAGGUAUCAAGAUUACACCUGACAAGAAGGACUUCUGUAAAGGAGAGUCGAUAAACAUCAGCUGCACAUCAGACGCUAAACCCGCCCCAGUCUACUCCUUGUAUCGUAAUAAUGUGUUUAAUGGUAGUAAUGGAGACGGUGUCUUUGUUGUUAAACUUGCUGAGAAUGGAAACUACACUUUCACUUGUGUAUCAAACAAUACAGUUGGUAUUGGACCAAAUAAGAGCGAAAGUGUUACAGUAAGAGGCCCUUUGAUGAAAACGUGCAAGAUUGGCAACGAGUCUAUUACAAAUAAAACAGUCGUUGAGGGAUCUGAAGUAGUUCUGCUUCUUGAAAGUUCUGAAAUGGAGCGCUUGGGUUUUGCUUGGAAGAACAACACGGUCAACAUGUUAGGAGAAGUGAGGCACAGUUUGACAUUCAAACCGAUUACGCGUUACCAAGGAGGACAGUACCAAGUGGCUGCACGUGAUAGGUUCAACUGCUCUGCUGAUAUGGAGUGCGAUUUUACCUUAAAUGUUCAUUAUAAACCCGAACAAGCGCGUAUCUGGUUCUCACCAAACAAAUUAACCGUAACUGAAGGGGAAGCUCUAAACAUGACAUGUAAAGCUGAAGCUAAUCCCAAACCAUAUUAUACUUGGUUUUUCAAAGGAAUGAAGAUCCAAAGUAAAAUUAAUGAUACAAUAAGUCUCUCGAAUAUCAAAGCAAGUGAUGCAGGGGAGUACACGUGUACUUCCAUAAACGUUCUGGGAAGUUCUACCGCUACCAAAACAAUGAUGGUUACAUGUAAGUAA